UGGGGAAAGGAUCUAAGGUUUUCAAAAGCACAUACGAUGAGGAUACAGUGGACCUCAUAAAUGCUGAGUAGCCACACCUGCUAAUAAUUUUUAGAAAUCAGAUGUGAUUGUUUAAACCUAUAAAAUUAGGCAACCAAAACAAGUGAUUAUUCUGGAAAUAGUUUCAGUGACCUCUCCUCACAAAAUAGUGGUAAAAUUGGAACUCAGAUUUGGGAAGACCUGUAUACGUGGAUAUAUUCUGAUUGUUAUACACACAAAUUGGCAAAUCUGUAUUUUUAAGAAGCAAGUUUAUAUAGCUCAAACAAAUUUCUCCUAUGAAAUUUCACAUUGGUUCAAUUAUUCAACAAAUUCAGCAAAUUCUUGUUCUCUGAGCUUUCACAGUGCUUUUCCUAAAUCAAAAUUAAAGACUCUUUCUAGUUUUAAAGGAACAAAAUCCCUCCCACAAUCUAAGAGCCUUAACAGACACAAGUUUCUUCUGCUGUCCUGCAAAAGGAAGGAUCUUGUACAUCCUUCCUUUAUGUGCUUACACUUAUAUUUUCCAAGCUGCCAAACCAGAUGGGAAGAACAAAAUUCUGUGUCUUAAACCCCUGAUGUAACUCGUUAACUCAGUGGAAGGAGAACAUGAAGGGGAUGAGCCAUAAAAUAAAAUAACUUCAUUGGGAGCACUUGCCUGACUGUGGUAGCCAAAUAUAUAUUUUAGUGGUGCCUGGUGAACAAAGCAACAGCUGGUGGGGUUCUGGAGAAGUCCUUAUAUCUCUGUAGUUGAACUUAAGGAUGGAACACACAGACAUUGCACUGGCACAAGGCGAUAAUUUUGCGAGUAGAGAAACAUACUGUUCUUUUCUUUUUGACCAUCUGGUGUGAUAACUUCUUUCUGGAGUGUUCAUUGACAGGCAGAGACAAUUCAACUGAGCAAUAGGAAAAAGGAUGGGAUAAUUGCCAUGAAUGCGUAUAUCAGUCAAUAAUAGAGAGGAACUUUUAUUUGUAAAAGAAUGCUGGGUAGCAUGUAGAUAAUUGUUGAUCUUCAAUUAUAGAGUCCCUUUAAUUUCCAACAGAUUUAAAGAUCACAAACAACUGCCCUAUAAAAAGAAGGGGGGAAAAAACGAUCCUACUUGGCAACAAUGAGGUAUUUUCACUUCUGUAAGCUUCCAGGAAGAGUUAUGGGAAUCCGCCUACUCCGCUUCACCUCUGUGGUGAUCAUCGUCUUACUUCUUGUGGCAGGUGCUUUAACAGCUUUGCUUCCCAACAUCAAAGAUGACAAAUUGCCCAAUUUGAGAAGGGAACCAAAACCCCAGAGUCAGUCUGCCUUGGAUUCAUUUACUCUUAUUAUGCAGACAUAUAAUAGAACUGACUUACUGCUAAAGCUCUUAAAUCAUUAUCAAGCCAUCCCCAACCUACAUAAAGUAAUUGUUGUGUGGAACAACAUUGGUGAGAAGACACCAGAGGAGAUGUGGAAUUCCUUGGGGCCUCAUCCUGUCCCUGUUGUCUUUAAAGUUCAAAGUGUAAAUCGCAUGAGAAACAGGCUGCAGAAUUUCCCUGAGCUGGAAACAAAAGCUGUUUUAAUGAUGGAUGAUGACACUCUAGUCAGUGCUCAUGACCUUGCUUUUGCCUUUUCUGUUUGGCAGCAAUUUCCAGAGCAUAUAGUGGGAUUUGUUCCUAGAAAGCACAUUUCUACUCCUUCAGGCGUAUACAGUUAUGGUAGCUUUGAAUUGCAGAACCCUGGAUUUGGAAAUGGAGAUCAGUAUUCUAUGGUUCUUAUUGGUGCAGCAUUUUUUCACAGUGGAUAUUUAGAAGACUUUCAACGACAGCCAGAAGCAGUUUAUGCCUUAAUAGAUGAAACUCAAAAUUGUGAUGAUAUUGCCAUGAAUUUUCUGGUAGCCAAGCAUACUGGAAAGCCUUCAGGAGUGUUUGUGAAGCCUGUUGAUAUAAGAAAUUUAGAAAAAGACACUAACAGUGGCUAUUCGGGAAUGUGGCACCGAGCAGAGCAUUUGUUACAGAGAUCCUACUGUGUAAAUAAACUGGUUAAUAUUUAUGAUGGCAUGCCCUUAAAAUAUUCUAAUAUCAUGAUUUCUCAGUUUGGUUUUCCUAAUUAUGCAAAUCACAAAAAUAAAAUGUAAGCCAAUGAAUUUAAGGUGUUAAAUGUUAAACUGUACUCAGUAAACUCCACUGAGUUCAAGGAGAGAAUAUGGUGUAAUUACUGCAUCUUGGCCAUCCCUCUGUGUAGCCUCUGAUUUUUCUCCAUUGGGCUUUUGGGCUUUUUAUGUGUUUUUUUUUUCCUUUCUAACUAAUUCACCAAGGUAAGUUUUCUAAAAACUUAAUAUAUAACAAUGUUUAGCUGUGAUAAAAUCAUCCUCUUUCCUUAAAAUCUGAAAAGCUACUAUACUUAUUAGGCCAAUUCUUUAGAAACAUGCAGUCAAAAAUGCACUCCCACCCUUCAGAUCUUACAUUUUGAUUUUUUUUUCUUGAAUAAACGUAUCUAGUCUAAUGAGACCUAGGCAUAUUUUUGACGGUUAUAUGUUGAGAUGCUUCCUUGCCUUCCCUCUCCUCACCUCCUUCUGUUCCCAGUGAAACUGUAAAAGAGCUACAGUGAACUGCUGGCCAGGCUUCCACACUCCUGUACAAAACCCCUUUGAAGUUUGUAUAUAAGCUGUUCGGUGUCCUGAGAUGUUCUGAAGCUGCUAUGAAAGCAAGAAGAGUACCUCACCUUAAUCUCAGAUAGCCCUAAAACCAUUGCCUACCAUAUCUAUUCCUGCUGAGAUAGUGGAAAAUGAUCUGUGAUGUGGCUUUUUUUCCUAUUAUUGAUUUGCCUAGAGUUGCUGAAACACUGCAAGCAGCUGAAAGGUAAAUCCUAGCAGUUGGAAAUGUAAGAAACAUGAAUACAUGAAAUAUGACACUUACAUAAGCAGUCAAAGAAAUGGAUGGGAUGUUAUUUAUUAAUACUCUCUUUAGUACAUAGUUUUAUUUUGAUAUUUUGCAUUUACAUUGAUACAAAAAUGUGCCCAGGAAAAUCCUCACUUGUUAAAAAUGUCUUAUUUACAAUUCCUAGUGAGAGCAAGCUGUUCUGCAUUUAUUACAGUGUACAUUUUGUAAUUGUACAGAUCUGUUGUUUUUUUUAACUACUCUUUCAAAUGCGUAUUUACUUUCUAGUUCCUUCUCUGGUUUUGGUGACUAUGACAACAGAAUUAAAAUGUGCAAUGAAUGGGUAAAGCAUUAGGAAAAAAAAGUAUUUUACACUACAGUAAUAUUUAACAGGGAUGGACUGUUAUCUCUGAAUUCCCUGGCUUCAUUUGUAGCAAGAAACAGAGCUGCUGUCAAUAGCUUUUGUUAAACUGGGGCUCUGUAGUUCUGGAAACCUUGUGUUAACAUAGACAGGACAAACCUUUUCCAUUGCAUUUGCAGAAGGGUUGGGGUUUUUUGUUGGGUUUUUUUGUUUGUGGUUUUUUUUUUUUAUGGUAUGGAAGAAAGAACAAAAGACACUGAUUUUCCUGGACCAUAGAAUCAGAUUUGGUAUCCAAAGCACAUUUAGUUUCAUCUGCAUCAGCUUUUAAUUGAUUCUUAGUAUAAGUUCAAGGGUAUCUGUGGGCAACCAUUAACAGCUAAUACCUGGUAAACAAAUAGCAUCUGCACAAAAAAUGUAUAAUUUUAUCAUUUUUUGUAAUACAUUAGCUGAACAAAAAGUGAUUGAAGAAUGUGACAAGUUUUUUACAGCAGGGUGUGAGUCUUCGGGGGAACACAGGAUUCUUUUGCCGUGUUCUAUCAGUGCUAAAGGAUUUGAUUUCUGUUCAGUGAAGUCUUCCUAGUACUUUUGUAAGACUUAAAGGGCAAAAUCUUAACAUGGCAUUGUAAAGUCUGCUUAAUUUUGUUGUACUAGUGAAAAGUAGUUUUUAAUUAUUGUGUUGUAGUGCUUAGUAGUAUACAAACAGGUCUAUCAUCUUUCCAGAAAUGCAACUUUCCCAGUUGUAGUUUACUGUAUUUCAUUUACUUACUGGUCUUCCGUAAUUUCUGUUCUGUGCAGUAUCAGCUAGAAUUGUGAAGACUCACAGUUGUUGUUUAUCUUAUUUUUAAAAUGUGAAACAAACUGUCAGCUCAGCCAAAUCUUAGUAUUGGGCUCUGUGUUGGAUGGAAGGAGUUGUUUUGAUUUGUUCUGGGUUUUUUUUGUUCUUCUGUAUCAGUGAAAAAAUUAAUAGAACAAGCUUUUAAUGAUAUUGUUAAAUUUAAUUUGUACCAUUGUCAAAUAAAAUACAGAAAGCAGA